GAGCGACACUAUGAGCGGGCUAGAGUCAUCGGAGAUCUGGGGCGCGGAUGAGGGCUUGGACCCGGAGAUCCUGCUCAUGUCGAACGAGGAGCUGCGCCAGCGCAUCCGUCUGCUGGACAACGACAUCCGUAUCAUGCGUAGCGACAUCCAGCGCAUUAAUCACGAGAGCAACUCGCAGCGAGAGCGUAUUAAGGAGAACAACGAGAAGGUGAAGCUCAAUAAGCAGCUGCCGUACCUUGUGGCCAACGUGGUGGAAAUAUUGGAGCUCGAGGACGACGAGGAUGAGCAGGACGGCGCCGCGACGGACGUAGACGCCGCCCGUAAAGGCAAGAGCGCCGUCAUCAAGACGAGCACGAGGCAGACGAUUUUUCUGCCCAUCCCUGGACUCGUGGACUCGACCACGCUGAUCCCUAACGACCUUGUGGGUGUAAAUAAGGACAGUUACCUUAUCCUGGAGAAGCUACCGAGCGAGUAUGACUCGCGUGUGAAGGCGAUGGAGGUGGACGAGAAGCCCACAGAGGAAUACAGUGACAUUGGUGGACUGGAUAAGCAGAUCCAGGAACUCGUAGAGGCUGUGGUGCUGCCUAUGACGCAUAAGGAAAGGUUUGAGGCGAUUGGCAUCUCGCCUCCCAAGGGCGUGUUGCUACACGGCCCACCUGGAACGGGUAAGACGCUGCUGGCUCGAGCUUGCGCCAAGCAGACCGACGCCAUCUUCUUGAAGCUGGCAGCCCCACAACUGGUGCAGAUGUUCAUCGGUGACGGUGCCAAGUUGGUGCGUGACGCAUUUGAGCUGGCCAAGGAGAAAUGCAAGGACCAAAACAGAGGCGGGGCAAUUAUCUUUAUUGACGAGUUGGAUGCCAUUGGUACCAAGCGAUUCGGUGGCGAACAGUCUGGCGAUCGAGAGGUGCAACGUACGAUGCUGGAGCUGCUGAAUCAGCUGGAUGGCUUCACGAGCAACACGAAGAUCAAGGUCAUCGCUGCCACGAAUCGUCCUGAUGUGCUGGACCCGGCACUUCUCCGUUCUGGACGUCUGGAUCGCAAGAUUGAGCUGCCGCACCCGACAGAAGAGGCACGCGCUCGUAUCUUGCAGAUCCACUCGCGUAAGAUGAACGUCGACACGGAAGACACCAACUUCGAUGAGCUGGCGCGUUCCACCGACGACUUUAACGGUGCACAGCUCAAGGCGGUCUGCGUUGAGGCUGGUAUGCUUGCUCUGCGUCGUGAGAGCAACGUGAUUAAGCACGAGGACUUCAUGGAGGGCAUUUCGGUCGUAGCGGCCAAGAAGAAGGCCACACUGCAGUACUACGCUUAGAACAAGCUGUGAACUGUAAAUGAACCAUUCGGAAACGAUA